GUGGGUGUGACUGCGAAUGUUGGUAUGGGUUAUUCUUUUUCUAUCACCCACACCCACACCCACACCCACACCCACACCCACACCCACCCACACCCACACCCACACCCAAAAGACAUUUCUUUUUUUCUUAUUUCAUCAUUUUAUCUCCUAAUAUGUUUUCUUAAAAAAAACAAAAUAUACCACAAGAUGCAGCGUAGAAAGCUCUACAAUAUAUACAGGUAAUGAAAUGAUAAAAUAAGAAAAAAGAUAAUUUCUCGUUCGUGUUAUCUUUUCGAAGCGUCGAAAUUUGGUCGUUCGAAGUUUUGACGAUUUUGAAAACAAAAAGUGCAACUGUAAAAAAAGCGGUCUUAUGCAAAUUGUAGAGCUUUUCACGCUGCAUCUUUUAGCAUAUUAUAUGAAAAAAAAGUUCUUAGAAAUUUUUCUAUUAAUAUCGAUAAGAAAAUGUCGCGAACUUUUUUCCCAUACCUUAUUUCGAACUCCUCACUAUUUUAUAUUUUGAAAAUUUCAAAUCCUAAUAGUAUUUUAAUACUAAUUUUUGAAUUCUAGAUACAUUGGUUUUAGGUCUCCUCAUUUCAAAGGAUUAGUAGCUUUUUGUUGACUUGUUAAAAAGCAAACUUGUUUAAUUUCUAUUGAUAGUUUUCAAAAUUUUUAUCUAUUUGUAUAUUGAUCUAGAAAGAAAACGACAAAAAAAACACAGAAUAAAAGCAAUCGAUUUUAUAUCUAACUAAAAUUGAACGUUCGUUUUAUCUUAAUUAAACAAAAAUAAUGGUGGGCAUCAAUGCAAAAAAUGCACAUUUUCUUGAUACAAAGUAUAUUUGUUCUGUGUGCUCAUUGAUACUACGGGAUCCUGUACAAUUGAGUAAAUGUGGUCAUCGACAGUGUCAAACAUGUUUUGAUACUCAACAUGAGCAAGUUUUAUUAUUAAUUUUUAGUAUUAUUCUUCAUUAUUCUUUUUAAAGAGUGACAAUUAAAUGUCAACAAUGCAAAUCUGAAUCAUCACGAAUCGAGGUCAGAUAUCUAUUCAUAAUUAAAGAGAAAAUAUAUUUGAUUUUUGUAGAUCCUACUUGAUCGAGGUUUUAAAAAUGAUAUGAAAUCAAUACCUAUUGAUUGUUUUUUUUGCGAAUGGACUGGUGUCUUAAAUAAUUAUCAAGUAAUUUAUUGUAUAUUAAUUUUAUUUCUGAAUCUUCUAUCCUUUUUUUUUCAAAAGAAGCAUCUUGAUGAAUCUCAUUCAAACUUGAACUGCGAAUAUUGUGGCGAAGAAUUCAAUUCAGUUAACAAAUGCAAUGAACAUAAAGUCUUCGAAUGUCAGAAACUGAUUGUUGAUUGUAUAUUGAAAAAGUUUGGUUGUAAUGAACAAGUAUGAAUGUUCUCUAGAUGAAAUCGAAAUCUGAAAAUUCUUGUUCUUGAGAUUAUCCGUGCCGAAAUAGAAGAUCAUUAUUUAACUGAACAACAUCAACACAUCAUAACCAAAAUUGUUCGUCAAAUGUUAUUGCAAUUAAACGAUAGACAAAUGGAUAAUGAUCUUUCUCGAAUAACAACUGCAGAAGAUUGUAAUCCAGCUACAACUCAAUUACAAGAACUUUAUGAAAUGCUCAAUAUCUUGUCAUGUGGCAUCGAGACAUUGAACAAUGAUCAACAACGUCUAGGCAAUGUAUCACUUCAAAUUCAAACUACACUUCCAACAUUAGUAGAAGAACUACCGAAAGUUAAAUUAUCGAUUGAAGAAUCGAAUGUUUUUUUAGAAGGAGUGAAAUAUAAUCAAAAUAUUCUCAAUCAAGAUAUAACAUCAAUCCAACAAAAACUCAAUGAUCUGAAAUAUGUUGUAUAUGAUGGAACAUUUGUAUGGAAAAUUACAAACUUUAAAGAAAAAAUGAUUGAUGCACAGUCUGAAAGACAAACAUCUAUUUAUUCACCUCCAUUUUAUUCAUCCCCAACUGGCUAUAAAAUAAGAGCUCGUCUUUAUUUAAAUGGUGAUGGAAACGCUCGUCGUACACAUAUGUCGCUCUUUUUUGUGCUUAUGCGAAGUGUAAACGAUCCGAUUCUCAAAUAUCCGUUCAACUAUAAAGUCACAUUUUGUUUGUACGAUCAAACGCCUGCACAGCGACAUAUUAUUGAUUCAUUUCGACCAGACAUUCAAUCGAGUAGUUUUCAGCGACCUCGAUCGGAUAUGAAUAUAGCCAGUGGUAUACCAAAAUUUUUCUCAUUGGAAACGAUUCAACAGGAAGGAAAUUCCUAUGUACGAGACGACAUGAUGUUCAUCAAAAUUAUGGUUGAUUUUGAAGACAUACACAAAACACUGUUGCCUUACGCUUUGAGUCUCAAUCCGGGUCUACCAACUCAUGUUCAACAAGUGAUGAUCAAGCAAGAAGCAGAGCGAAGGUUUCAACAACUGUCUGAAGAGCAGCUCCAGAUACCUUCAAAAUAA